AUGAGUCAAGCACUGUUGAGGGCAGGGCCUUUGAAGGCCGACAUCCGGCUCGCACAGGCGCUGUCGGAGUUCGAGGCAACCCUCUCUUCCGACGACAAGGCGAGGCUGAGAUCAUCCAAAUCUCAGUCACAGAGCAAAUCGCCCACUGUAGACGAUGUUAUGCGCUUCACGGCCGAGGUGGAUGCUCAGGCAAAACGACGUCUGGGAUCAGGCAGGUGCUUCGGACCCAGGCUCACCAAUAUGCUUCAAGCUAUGCAGCAGUUUGCUGCUUUGGGCGAUAUUCUGGUAGGCGGCUCCCAGAAUCUGAUAGCCUGUGGUGUCUGGUCCGUUGUACGAAUGACCAUACUGGCUGUAACGUUGUCAGCAUCAGGAAUGGAAAGACUCUCUCUGCUUUUCAUGUCGGCUGGACGGUCGGCACCGCGCUACCAAGGCCUCGCUCUGUUGUAUGCUAGAUCUCGACACAUUCGAGAUUAUCUGGCUGAGUACAUGACCAUCGUUGUGCAGGUGUGUCAUUACUUUCAUGAUUUCAGCCACAAAUCGACCAUCGGCCAGAUUACAUCAUCACUGAGCGACUCCAAGAUCCGCAACGCUGAGGAAGAGCUGAAACGUUGGGCCCACCUCAUCAAGGACGAGGCCAGUUUCCUCCAAGCUCAGACUACUGAGCGUGAGGCGGCUGAGAAUAGCAACAUCCGUAAAUGGCUCAGUCUCUCAAUAGGUUCGAGCUCCCUCCAACGAAAAAUUGACAAACGCCUUCAAUGGCUGAAUGCUUUUUCUACCUUUGACUAUGAAACGCCAUGGAAGCAGGCUCGGAAGCGUGGUUCAUCGUCGUUUUUCGUUGGCAUUGCUGAGUACAAGCAAUGGAAAGAGAAGCAGGGCCCACCGAGCCUCCUCUUGUCGGGCAAGAUGGGUUGCGGUAAAAGCGUGAUCAUGGCAAAUAUGAUAGACGACUUGAGCCUUUCUUGUCCCGAAGACACGACAAUUUACUUCUUUUGCAGGCAUGACAUUCCAGAAAGUCUCAAAGCAAAGACUGUUUUUGGGUCUUUCGCGGCACAGAUUUCUCAGCGACACCUUCAAACAGAUAUCAUGGACUCAGUGUUCAGUGAUUCGGCUCCUUUCAUGAGCUUCGACAAAAUACUCGAGCUACUACCCACCAUGAUCAAGCGAAUGAAAGCAGUUCGCUUAAUUCUGGACGGCGUGGACGAGUGCCCCCAAGAAGAGUUUGACUUGAUCUGCACUGGCUUGCGACGAUUACGUGCAGAAUGCAGUAUACUCUCAUGCAUUUCAUAUAGAGAUCAAGCAGACGGUCUGCAAGCGAAAGUCUGGAUCGAAGGGCAGGCCGUGAUUGUUUCUGUUCCAAAUGACAAUCCAGACAUUCGCGAGUUCGUAGAAGCAGAACUUGAGCGGCUGAGAGAGUUUGGUGACCUGUCUAUCGGUGAUCCGAGUUUGCUGAUGACCAUUCGGGAGGCGCUGCUGCACGGCGCAAAUGGAAUGUUUCUCUGGGUAGCGCUUCAACUAAACACUAUUUGCGCUCAAAAAACAGAUAAUUUGAUACGGCAAGCUUUAGAAGACUUGCCUAAAACCUUGAGCGAGACAUUUCGGCGCAUUCUCCAGAAUUCAAAACAGGAGGGCCACUGCUACCAAACGAACAUUCUGAAGAUUCUCGUUGGAGCAAACAGACCGCUUACAGUUGCGGAGUUCCGAGAAGCCCUUAGUGUGACACCAGGAAACAUAUCUUGGGACCCCGGCAAUAUGAUCAACAACAUAUAUGCAACAUUGGCUUGUUGUGGCAGUCUUGUUAUCAUCGACGAGGAAGAGGGAACUGUUCGUCUGCUUCAUCAAAGUGUGACUCAAUUUCUGCACAACAAAACACUUGAAUCGGGACAAUGGUCCUUCUCGGCACAAAGCGCUAUUGCUCAUAUGGGUGAUGUAACAAUCACUUACCUCAACUACGGAGUCUUUGACAAGCGUGUGUCAACAGGAGUCGUACCACAAAUGUACGCGGGAAGGGUACCAGAAAAAAUCGUGUCUCACGUAAUAAAACCAUUCAGCACCGUCGGAAGAAAGCUGGCCAAAGCAGCAAUGAAAUCGCGCCGAUUGUCAGAUCGAGAUAUAGGCGUAACACUGUCCAUGGCCAGCAAUACACGGCAAGACUCAAAGCACAUGUCGGAAAAAUUUGAAUUUCUCGUAUAUGCAUUGGAGAAUUGGUUGCCGCACACGACUCAUAUGAGCGACACUUCUUUGAUGACCCCCCUUUUCAGACGGCUGCUAGAUGAUCCAAGCUUCAGCGAUCUACCCUGGAACAAAGACGACAGGCUCCAAAACACUGAUACGGUUGGCUGGGGGUCUGCAACGGUCCUCCAUAUUCCACGACGGCUGCGGUGGGCUAUACUGCACUCACACUGUUUUCUCUUCUCGAUGGAAUUACGUGGCAGCUCUGGGGUGAAAGCUCUUCUAUCCGUUGUGCCAUACCUCAACGCAAUCUUGAAAAUCGAGAAGGGACUCAGGCUAAGUUCUCAGUUAUCUGAUAAACUUCUCCGUAUUACGACAGCGUUCAGGGCUUCUGAACCAACCGACUGGUUGAUUCAAAUGCAUGGCUAUUCUAUCAGGACAUAUCUAGGACUUCUAAGAAAUCGCGAAUACAGCACACUAAUGUGGGCUACGAUGCGAGCUUCUAUUUAUGAUUCGUAUUAUGCGACGCAACCGCUGCUCGAGGAGGCUGUCAAGCAUAAUGAUGUCCCAACAGUAAUGUCUCUUCUGAAGAAAGGCGCAAGUCUCGAUAUCUACAAAGUUGAGCCGCCCUUGCAAUUGGCUAUGCGAUCGUGCUUUUACAAGCCAGAGAACAUAUUCAUGGUGUCUUGCAUGCUUCGGAAGGCCGGAGUCACGAAUGUUGCUCAAAUAGCAUUUCCUGAUAUUUUCUGGUUCCUCUACAUAGUUUCCGUGCACGCCAGUCACCUUAAUGAGAACUCUCUCGGCCAGAGACUCAAAUUUGAUGAAAACGAGGAAUCAAGAGGUGUCAGUAUGGCUAUCAUCGAACGCGCUUGCGAAAGAGGCGAUUUCUGUUUGUUUCGACUCAUUAAAGCUGGUUUAUGCGAACUCAAUGAAGACAAGUACGUCGAAUUGAUCAACAAGGCUUUGCUCACAAGGUCAUCGGAACGAAUAAAUAUUGUCAAAUCCAUCAUAUACGUCGAGCUAUAUUCCGGGCCCUUCAAAUCUCCCAAGCUACAACCACUCAUGAAUAAAGCCAGAAAUGCAACCAAAUUUGCCUUGGCACGCUUGGCGCAGCUCAGAGAUUGGGGUUCAAUUUCCUAUUUUGAAUCUUACUACGGAUUGUCAUUGGAGCAAUCGGUGGAUAUUAGCCCAGGCCCCUUCUACGGUUGUGUUGAUACACGAGACUUGGAUGGUUUGCGUAAGAUCUGCAAAUUUGCCAGCAAUUUGCAUUCUUACCAGUCACUGUUGGCCUAUGCAACUGCUUCGAAGUGGGAAUCUCUGGAAGAAGUCUCAGACUUGUUUGAAAUCAUCACUUAUCUGCAAGUGGAUUUUCAACACAAACACGAAUUCGGAGCAGAGACCAGAAUGAGUUUCGAUGUCUGGUCAAGCUGGGCGCGAGAUUUUGCCAAUGUCAAUGUUCCUACCGAGUGUUCGGAGAGGUGGGAGCGGACUGGCGAUCUGAUACUGAUAUUUUGCGUUCGUGUUCUACACUUUUUGUCCAGGGAUGACUUCUUGUUGGAUCAUAAUCUCCCAGGAGGUGAAUUUCGAGCCUCUCGAGAUUAUGAUUUGCAACGUACAGUCGGCCUCAUGCUUGGAUAUAUCAACACGACCUUACAAAACUUGUCCUACUCAGGUCAAACCAAGGCUACAUGGUGUGAGACAGUCGAGACAGUGUUGAGAAGCUUUGACGCCAUUCUCAGAAAUCCUUCAUACAUGGAUAGAACGAGAUGGAAUAUCUUGGAUAUUGCAGAGACCCUACUGGGAAAUCGUUUUAUCCAUGAAUGGCAUCCCGCCUCGGAAAUUCACGCCAACAUUCGCUCUGUCUAUGAUGGUGAAAAGAACAAGUGGUGUCGAGAUCUCUAUCAACUCAUGAAAUCUUUGUUAUCCAGGCGUGGCAUUCUUACGAAUGUACGAUUGCACAAUGCAGAAGUGCAAGUUCCUCACUCAGCAGAAGACUAG